UUGAGAGAAAUCAGUAAGCACGAUUUUGAGUUUAAACCGCCAAUCUCCGUCCGUCCGAGUUCCUGGCGGCCGUGCUCAAAACUUCCGAUCGUCGCAGCAGCAGCAAGUAGAUAGAUAUCUUGAAGAUCUGGUUGCCGACAAUCGUUCUUUAUCAGAUCAAAGUUGUGUUCUGUAGAGGAUUUCUGUAGUUGUUGGUUUCAAUGGACAUCCCACUUGAUGACAUGAUAAAGAACAGGCGUAAUAAUGAGAGAGGUAGAGGACAAGGGAGGCCGAUGCGUGGUCGAGGCACAAGAGGAGGACAAAAUCGGUCAUUUGGCAGUGGAAGAAUGACCAAUGCACCACGAAGCAGAGGCUCUCCUGGGCUGAAUGCUCGUCCUUCAUCUUUUACCAUUGCCAAGUCUCUUCGCAGGCCAAGGACUUUCCCAUGGCAUCGUGAUUUGGUUGAAGAUAGCCUUAGGGCUGUAGGGAUGUCCAGUUCUCAAAGUGGAACAAAGUUAUACAUUUCCAACUUGGAUUUUGGAGUGACCAAUGAAGACAUAAAGGAGCUCUUCUCUGAUAUGGGUGAAGUUACAAGAUAUGCAGUUCAUUAUGACAAUAAUGGCCGCUCCAGCGGAUCAUCUGAAGUUGUAUUUGCUCGUAGGAGCGAUGCGAUUCAAGCACUUAAACGUUAUAACAAUGUUCAACUGGAUGGAAAGCCAAUGAAGAUUGAAAUAAUAGGACUUAGUUCUGAAAUUCCUGUUUCUGCUCGUGUUAAUGUUGAAAGAGUUAAUGGAAGGAGGACUGUUGCCAUGCCAGGAUCUGGACGUGGAAGAGGAAAAGGAUCUGGACCAGUUAAUCGUGCAUCUGGUCCGAGGAGUCAAGGAGGUUUGACUAAUGGCCGUGGUGGUUUAAGUGGCGGAAGCCGAGGUGGCAGUCGGAGUCGAGGUCGUGGAAGGAAGAAACCGAUUAAGAAGUCAGCGGCCGAACUUGAUAAGGAACUGGAGAAUUAUCAUUCGGGCGCAAUGGAGACAUGAAAGAUUGAUAGUUUAAAUUUACCGGAGCCUUCUUAGCUGUGAAAUUUCUAAUGGGGUACUAUUAUUAUUAUUAUUAUUAGGGUUCUUCCUUUAGACAAAAACAUCAACAAAGGAGUUUGGGAUUA